AUGGAGUCUGUGGUGUGUAAUCAUGGUGAAAUACGAUUUAUGAUGUCCUGUCAGCAUCAGGGAUUAAUCAGAUACAACUUUACUCAUUACUCAGAACACAAUCAACGAAGACAAAGUAAUAAAGCUACUCAUAAAAUUAAGGCAGAUACUACAAUUAAAUCUUUUGAAGAUUUGCACGCGGCUGUAACAAUACGUGAGUUACAUUUCGGCAGGCCGUUUGCUCGGCAACCUGAUAAAGUAUUCAAUCCAAAUUAA